AUGUUGGAUUCAACUUCAUUAGAAGUAAUAUCACAAUUUAAACAAGCUUUACAUAAAUCAACUAAUCCUAUUGAAAAUGAAGAUUUACCUUCAUAUAAUAGAGGUCUUAAAUUGAAUACAGCUACACAAAUAUCACCAAAUUUUAAUAAAUUAACUUCAAAAGUUGUCGAAUAUGGAAAUAAAGAAUAUGUGGUACUCACUAAUGAAGUUAUAGAGAAUGAAACAAGAAGGAGGAAAAGAAAAUGGAAUGAUGAAGAAGUUGGUUCAGAAGAAGAAAGUGAAAGUGAAAGUGAAAGUGAAGAAGAAGCUUUAAUUGAUCAAAAUAAAAUAAUUGAAUUAUUAUCACCAUUAAAUCAUCCUAGUGAAAUUAUAUCUCAUCCUGCAAUUUCAAAGACUUAUAGAAGUGAAACAUUAUCUAAAUUAUCCAUGGAAUCAAUAUCUUUAAUUGAAAUUGAGCAAAAUAAUUUGAAUUGGUUAAAUAAAUUAUUACAUGUUUUAAAUGGUGAGGAUUGGUUUUAUCUCCUUGAAGAAAAUUUAGGACUUCAAGAAUAUGAUGAUUUGGAUGAUAAAAAGGAUGGUAAAAAGGAUGGUAAAAAGGAUGAUAAAGAAAAAAAUGAAAUCAAAAAUGGUAUAACAAAGGAUAGAAAUGAAGAAAAGGAAGAAAAGGAAGAAAAUGAUGAUAAAGAAGAAGGUAAACAAGCUGAAACAUCAGAUAACUCCAAAGUUGAUAAAAUUGAUAAAAAAAUUAAAGCUCCAGCUAAACCAGAGUCAGAAACUGUUUCAACUGAUCCAUUUUUUGCACUCCCCUCUGCGUUAGAAAGAUAUGAAAAUUAUCAAAAUAAUUUAUUAAUGAAUAAAGAUAGCAAAUUGAAUGGUAUGAAAGAAGAUUUGAUUAAUUAUUUACAGGUUAGUAUACAAAGACAACACGAAUAUAUUAAGAACUUGACCAAUUUAAGAAAUGGAUUAAUUAGAGCAGAUCGUUUAAAAAAUGAUUUAUAUAAAUGGGGUAAAGAAAUGUAUGAUAAAAAGUCAAAUUAA